CAUGCCUCUGAUUUCGAACGCCUAUAACUGCAUGCGCUGCCUGAACGCCGGAGCUGCCUGCUACGGCUCCACCCAUCCACUCCCGUUGGGUUUCGUUUCUCCAAAAUCUCACGCCACCACGUCGAACCCACCCACUCGAUCUUCCCUUCUCCCACACAAGCUGCUGCGUGCCUGCGUCCACAACCGCUUCGCCGAAUAAAAGUAAGCAACCGCCGAACCAGCGGAGGAACAACUUGUCGGUGCUGGGCUUGGUCAGGUCAGCCACGGCGGCGGCAUGGCGGGGCGGGUGGUGCGUAGCUGCGUGCAGACGGCGCUCAAGGCGGUGAACUCCGUCGUGGGGCUCGCCGGCAUGGCCGUCAUCCUCUACGCGCUCUGGAUGCUGCGGGCGUGGUACAGGGAGGUCGCCGAGCUCGACAAACGUCUCCCGGUACCUUGGUUUAUCUAUACUUUUCUCGGCCUGGGGAUUUUUCUGUGCUUGCUGACUUGCUCUGGGCACAUUGCUGCUGAAACUGCGAACGACCACUGUCUGUCUUGUUAUAUGUUCAUCAUAUUUGUGCUUAUUAUACUAGAAGGUGCAAUCACUGUGGAUGUAUUUUUGAAUAGCAACUGGGAGGAGGAUUUCCCAGAUGACCCAUCAGGCAAGUUCGAUAUAUUUAAGGACUUUGUGAGAUCAAAUUUUGAGAUAUGUGAAUGGGUAGGCCUGUCAGUGGUGGCUGCUCAGGUGUUGUCAAUCAUUCUUGGGAUGGUACUUAGGACUCUUGGGCCUGACCGUGAGAUUGGCUAUGAUAGUGAUGAUGACGCUACUGUGCCUGCAAGGCUGCCUUUCUUGAGAAACCAGUCCCAACAUGCUCCGGACUUUGUUGAACCUAACUUAUUUCAUAGGAGUGAUUCAUGGAAAGUGUGAAUUUUAGACAAGGUUAUCAAGUAAGAUUUUUCUGAUCUCAUACAACGAGCCCUUCGGAAGGAGCAGCCACAUGUUUUGUUCCAAGGGUUAUGGCCAGGAUGAUAAAAUUAUACUUUUUUUCUUAUGGAGAGCUGAUUCUUAUGAUGGAGUAGCAGUAGCAGUAGAACAGUGCUGAAUCUGAAUGGCUACUUUUGAGUGGCCUUUCAACAUGCGCAAAUAUUUGAGUAGCAUGUAACUGACCCUUAUAACCCCACAACGUAGGGGAAGAAUGCUGUACUAAAUUGUUUCAAAAAGAGAUGAGGGUAUGACUGGUGCCUUCCCUGACCAAAGACAAAGAAAUCUUGAUUCUUUCCUUGUCCAUCAGCUGCGUUA